GUGUUUUGUCAUUCCGGCGCUGAUUGUGCAGACUGCUGCUGCUGUCUGCCUUCGUUUAGACCACCUACAUCAGCGGUAUGACUAUCAUCCAUCACACCUGUUGAAGAUCUCUGCCCUCCUGGACAAAUACAUGGACACAGACACACUCAGACAGCAUGGGCUCCAGAUUAAAACAAAACCCUGAGCGAACCUUCUACUGGUUCUUCGAAGCAACUUGCCCUGUAACCACAGACAAUGAUCCUGGCGUCCAGUUUCAGUUUCCAGAGGACUUCAGUGAUGAGGAGUCCUCCCAGACAUUACCCAGGUUCUGCUUCCCAUAUGACAUACAAAGAGUGAGGGAUGGAGUGGUCGUGCAGCACUUUACUUUUGUUUUGACUGACCUUGAGGGGUGCCAGCGGUUUGGCUUCUGUCGUCUCACCAACAGCACACACACCUGUCUUUGCAUACUCAGUUAUCUUCCAUGGUUUGAAGUGUUUUACAAACUUCUUAACAACUUGGCUGAUUACCUCACAAAAGGACAGACCAAUGAGUUGAAAGCGCUUCUGGCUGCGCUCUACAAGCAGCCCAUACCAUUGGCAGCUGGAUCUGUCACUCUGCAGAUGGGAGAGCAGCUAUUGGUCAACACUGAUGUGUCCUGUUUUGCUGGACACCCAGAGGGCCAUGAGGGGAUUCCAUACUUCAUCGCUCCAGACCCCAGAAGCCUCCCUUCCAUCCCCGAAAAUAGGAACUUAACGGAGCUGAUCGUGGCAGUGGAUGUGGGGAAUCUGCUCCAGCUCUAUGCCAGCAUGCUGUUUGAGAGACGCAUCCUCAUCUUUGCCAGCAAGCUCAGCACUCUGACAUCUUGUGUGCAUGCACUGAGUGCUGUGUUAUACCCCAUGUACUGGCAACACAUCUUCAUCCCUGUCCUGCCACCUCAUCUACUGGACUAUUGCUGUGCACCGAUGCCUUACCUAAUAGGGGUCCACACCAGUCUAUCUGAGAGGGUGAGGAGUCGUGGGUUGGAGGAAGUUGUCAUUUUGAAUGUGGAUACAAAUACUCUGGAAACCCCCUUUGACGACCUCAAGAGGAUACCUUCAGAUGUGAUGGCUGGGCUGAAGGUGUGUUUGAAGCGUCAGGCAGUGUCUCCUGGAUGUGGUGUCUCAAGGGCCUUCCUGAAAGCUCAGGCUCUACUGUUUGGUGGCUACAGGGAUGCACUGCAGGAAGACAAGGAGGGUGAAAUGUGGUUCAGUGAGGAGCUGUUUCUCGAUCACAAGUCUUCGAGUAUGAGGCAGUUCCUACAGAGUGCCAUUCAUUUACAGUUCUUCAAACAGUUCAUCGAUAGCCGCCUGGAUAUUCUAAACAAAGGGAAGGAACCAGAUGACCUCUUUGAGGAGGAGAUCGUAAAAUGUGAAACAACUGCAGGGAGAAGUAAGUCUUAUCAACAGUUGGUUGGUAAUUUAAAGAAGGGGGGAGGAGCACUCAUCCUUAACAUGAAGUCCAAAGCAAACACAAAAGCUAAAGGUCUUGCCAUGUCUGGCUUGAAAAACCUACUCAUGCACAAGGCCCACAAUGAAGAACACGCCCUUCAGAGAGGAGGAUCAGUGUCACACCGCCGUGCCCAAUCAGACUGCUUACAGAACCGCCUGCCAAUCACGCAACACUUUGGAAAGUCACGUCCCCGUCGGCCUGUUCACAAACACAGGGCUCCCAGAGAGGAGGAGGACACAAAUGUGACUGGGGAUACAUGGGAUGGAGCUGUGUCUCAGCCUGUGGUCAAGCCUGACUCUCAGCUCCAUAAGGAUGAAGAAGAGGGGGAAGAGUCACUGCUGUGUGACCCAGAGGAGAUGGAUCUGCUUGGGGAGAUCUUUGACACACUUAGUUCCCGCAGCUCCCAUGAGCGUGGCCUGCUGUACGGGACGCGCAGCCUGGAUCUGUUUGCACCAGAUAGCCAUGACUAUAUCACAAAGCACGGUUUUCCAGCCAACCCCAGCCAAGAGAGCCUUUCUUUGUCCAUCAGCGGCAGUGGCAGUCUGCACAGCUGGAAUCUGGAAACCACAGAGGAGCUGUCAGACCUGACGGAAGACUCUGAUUGGCUGUGCCUGGAUACCAGUGUACCAGAAGAGGAGGUGACAGAGAGCCCGCUGGCAGCGUGUGAAAUGGGGGAGCAAGAAAGCAUGCAAAGGGAGGUAAAACAGAAACAGGAAGAAGUGAACGUCACAGUAAAUGGGAACCAAGAAGAGGAAAUAGACAACAGAAAUGACUUUAAGAAAGUGAAGGCAGAAGAAGGGAGAAAGACAGAUGGUCAGGAAAAGAGAAUGAGUUUAGGAGAGGACCCUAUGAAAGAAACAGCUGAGAAGCGAGAGGAUGAAGAGUUGAAAGAAAAGAGAGAAGAAGAGCAAAGUGUGGAGGGACAAAAGACAGAAGGAGGAAUAAACGAAAUGCUGAAAGGUGUAACCAGAGAAGAGGAGCAAAGAGAGGACCAGAAGGAGAAAGAUAGAGAGGUGACAGUAUCUUUAAACAAACUGACAGAACCGUAUCUCCAUCUUCCCAAAAAGCAGCAGGAACAGGACAGUCUGAAACCCACAGCAUCUCAUGGGCUUCAGAGUCUCAUUGAGGAGCCCUCUCCUCUGGCAGGUCAGAAAAAAAGUAGUGAAGAGGCAGUAAAGAAAGAGGAGCAGGAGAUUAAACAGACCACCUCUCCCCCUAAAGUGCUACCUGCUGCAGUACGCUUCCAGUCUCAGGCGCACAGCACAGGCUUAUGGGUAAAAUCCAGGGCCAAGGAAUUGGCUGAACCCAGGAAACCUUGCAACAUGUUUCGGAACAGGGAGAAUGCACAAACUCAUCCGCCAUGUGAUUCAAACAUAUCAGAAGACAACAACCGCUCAGAGGUGCAUGAGGAGGAAGAACUGCCUUCAAUCAAAGUUUCUGAACUUAAGAAGAGAUUUGAGGCUUAAAGGUGGCUGGUGCCAUUCUAGUUUUUCCUGCUCUGACUCUCAGAGUCCAUUUGAUGCUGAUGCUCUUUAAAAAAUGCAUAAAUAAUGUAUUUAUUGGGGACUAUUUUAGCCACAGAUUUGGUCUGCUAGUGAGUAUUUACCAUAGCAGGACAAUGUGGAAUUGAGUCAAAAUUCCAGGAACAAGUCACCCCAAUAACACAAUGUGGCUCACUGAUGUUUUUCUGAGUUUUUGGUCUUUAUCCUCGAGAGAACAAACUAGCUGGCACCUUUCCAAGAUUUUGCAAAUAUUUAAGCAGAUUUUUAUUUGCCUGAAUAUACACUUUAAAUGAGGAACAGUGAGUACAAUGGACACUUUGCAUAUCAGCAAGUGUAUGAUGGCCCAUUUGUCACUGACAGAUCUUAUUUUCUGUAAGUAUGUGUCAUAUGUGAGAUAUGUGGACAUCAUCAGCUAUGUACCAACAAAAACUGACACAAUCUGAAGAUAAAUGGCAAUUUUUUGGUAAGUCUGAAUAACUUUAACCUUAAUAAAGUUAACAUUUUGAACAGGUCUUCUCUCCAUGUAUUCAAAGGGACAGAAAGAGAGCAGCCGUACUGAAUGUGCACAUUCCUGGUUUAUUAACAAAACACUUAGAGUACCAUACAUACGGGUUUUUAUGUUUGUUUGUUUUUUGUUUUUUUAAGAAACUGAGCUUCACAGAGCUCCACAUAAAGUGCAUCACAGUCAUUUUCAGUGUUUAAUCAAUAUCCUUCAUAACUACAAAUGGUGUCAAACACAAUGUUUUAUAUAUAAAUACACACAAUAGACAGACAAGUAAAAAUAGACUAACCUCUGUACAAAUACAAAAUAUGCUUCAUCUCAUGUCCCUUAUGUGGCAGAACAAAUGGAAUGAUAUGAAUAUAUGACAGAAACUCAAAAGGAAACCUGUGAUAGAUCUGAUCAGUCAAUUUUGUGUCACCAAGAAUAAAGUGUGUUUCUGAUUUCUGGUGCAAAAAA